AUGGGUGCAGGAGUUAAAAGAGUGUUGCCAGAAAAUGUAGAAGAAUAUACAGUCUCUUGCAUUAAGACAAGAGCGCAAAUGGGCCAACUUUGUCAAAAAGAAGAGCUGAAAUUGCUGGUAAAACAGUAUGUUGAAAGCAAGCAACUAAAAACACCUUUUACAGAUAAUAAACCAGGAGACGAUUGGUAUUUAUCGUUUAUGAAAAGACACCCUGAGUUGAGUUUAAAAAAGCCUGAACAUCUCCAAAAAGCAAGAGUAGAUGCUCGAAAGCCAUACAUUGUUUACGACUUUUACAACACUCUUAAGUGUGUUAUGAAUGAAAACAAUUUGCAAGACAAACCAGAUUUUAUAUACAACUGUGAUGAAAGUGGAUUCCAGAGUGAUCCAAGGAGUAGGGUUGAUCCAUCCAAAUUUCCGAAGGAUCUCUUUAAACAUCAAGACUUACAAGUGUACACAAAUAUUAUAAAUGAUAUUCAUAUCCAACACUACUAUCAUGAAUUCCAUAAUGAGACAGAACAUAUAGUUCUUACACAGCAAAGAGAGGAAGAUAUAGAACAACAAUACCUUACUACUACUUGGGAACAAAAUAACAGAAUUGAAAUACAAAAUAACAAAAAUGAAACACAACAAGAAUUUACUAAUACUUUAGAACAUAAGAACAGAAAUGAAAUACAACAAGAACCUAUUAAUACUUUGCAUGAUGCAGUUGAUAUUGCAGAAACGGCGGAUAAUUACGAACAGCAAAAAGAGGUCGGCCAGUCUGGUCAACAAUUUACACGAAUUCAUACUACUAGAUCUAAAAAUCAACAAGUUGACAAACUAUCUGAGUCUAUUUUACCAGGAACUUCUAAAAGAAGUGACAUGAUGACGGUGAUGGAAGAUAAUAACAAUACAUCUCCUUUAAUCAACAAAAUUCUGAAACUUAUUAGUCUAGAUACCGGAACUGCAGACCAUAUUAAAAGAAAAAUAAGCAGUGCUUUUAUCAAUUCCGUAGUAACAGAUGAUGAAAUAAAAUCACCAAGUAAAGAGCAAAUAGAGAAAAUUGUUGGUAUAAAGCCAAUAAAAAAGUAG